AUGUACAGGAGUAGCUACCUGCGUGAAAUUCGCAAGGAGAAGUAUGAAAGGUCGGACACUUACGAAGAGCUGCCAGAAUCACCAGAAUUCGGCAGCCUCGCUCAAGCCCAAGGCCUGGAAAACCUGCAAGAACUCAAUGAGCGCUUCGCCAACUACAUCAAUCGGGCCAGGGUCCUCGAGCAACGCAACGCCAUCUUCCGCAAGCAGCUGGAGACAUUCCAGCGCAUGGAUGAGCUGGCGGGGCUUGAGGAGGCCUUUGCUGCUCAGAUUGAUCUCAAUCGUCAGCGUGUUCGUGAACUGGCCUCGGACAGAUCAAAGCUGGAACGGGAAGAUAAAGAUGCCCAACGCAUGCUGGAUGAGUUCCGUAACAAAUUUAGAAAUGAAUGUGAGUAUCAGCAGAUGCUAAAAACUACUCUGGAACGGCUCAAUAAGGAAGCCGACGAAGCUUUGCUGUGUAAUUUGGAAUUACAGAUUGAAUCACAGUUCUUGCAGGAUGAUGUGAAUGCCACAAAGGACAGAUACAAGAAGAACCUCAUGGAAAUACAGACCUAUGUCAGCAUUUUGCAACAGAUCAUGCAGACAACUCCCCGGGUAACCACCAUGGCAGCUGGAACCAUUGAGGAGAAGCUGAUAACCGAGAGGAGGAUCCCAAUUCUUCAGAACCAGCUAGAAGAAUACAAGAGUAUCCUUUGCCAACUCCAGGCUCAAAAAGUGAAACUACAGACAGAGACAACAGUGCUGGAGCAGGCUAUUAAGAACACCCAGGAAAGCUACGAUGAUGAGAUCCAGCUGUACAAUGAGCAAAUUGACAUGCUGAGGAAGGGCAUAGAAGAUGCAGAGAGGACCUUGGAAAAAUACACCAACGACUGCCGCCAGCUCUCCAUUUAUAAGCAGGCCUUGGAGACUGAGCUGGAGCGCUACAAGCGCAUCAUUGAAAAUGAAGAUAGCAGGUUAAAUUCUGCCAUUGUUGGAACCCCCGUAACACUCUUUACGCAGACUUACAGACCCUCACAGACUCCAGCCAUGAGUGGGAGAGACAUUACUCUGGUCAUCCAAGACAUUGCUAGUGCAAAGCCGAGGCAAAGAAGUCUGCCAAAGAAAGUGUCAAGGAGGAAGGAGAUCACACCUAAGGACCUCAACAAUGGUGUCUCCCUAUCAGAAAAAGUGUACAACCAACCUCUGGAAGGCUUUGAGCAAGAUCAGCUGGAUUUCAAACAUGAGGGAUUACUGGUAACAAGCAAACAUGGGCAUGAUGACAUCGUGGAAGAAGAAACUGAGCAAGAGAGAGCAGCAGAGGAUGUGCCUGAUGGAGCCCAGAUAAGCAAAGCUUUUGAUAAACUGUGCAAUAUAGUGAGAGAGAGAAUUAGAUGCUACCAGAGGCCAGAACCCAAAACUGACUUUUAUACAAAAGGGCGUUAUAUACUUGUCACAGGAGAGGGAAGCUAUGAUGACCCCAGCUUUCAUUCUUCAUCCAUUUAUACUGGAGGUGGGAUCAUUGUUUCUGACAGUGAUGGGAAGAUGCCAAGUGGAGAUGGCACAGAACCAAUCCCAGAGCUACCCAAACCAUUUGAGCAUGACAAAAAUCAACUGGAGAUGCAAGAGGGGUCCAAGAUGCAGGAGGACAUCACAUAUGAAUACAAACCAGAGGGCAAAGAGAAGGAUGAUGUAUCUGAACAGUGGGGAAAUACUGCAGAAAAAGAUGAAGAGUCCAUGAAACAGUCGAGCCUUGAGGAAGUUCCAACGCUAGGUCCGAGUGACCGAACAGAAGCAGGGAUUUACGUAGGCAAAGAGUCUGAAAGGCAAGAGUCUGCCCUGUCUUUCAAAGAACUGAGCCCACCAAGCGCCAUGAGUUAUGAGAAGGUAGAAGUGGUGGAAUCCAUCGAGAAGUUCUCCGAUGACAAAAUUCAGACUUAUGAAGAAACUGCGAUGAUAGUGGAGACCAUGAUUGAGAAGACCAGCAAAAAGAAAUUGGGAGACAAAAGCUGUUAA